AUGAGUGACCAAGCAUCUCUAGAAACAGGUCCUGAAUUUCAGCCCCAGAAGAGGCUUCUUUCCAGAUUUUUCAAAGGUGAGUAUCCAAUACCGACAGAAGAAGAAAGAAAGCCGUAUGGGUAUACACAUGCAAACAUUAUCAGUAAAAUCUUCUUUCAUUGGGUUACUCCAAUAAUACGGGUAGGCUACUCUCGUACAAUUAGGCCUGCAGAUCUUUUCGUAUUAACUGAAGAUUUCGAGAUUAGUUUCAUGGUUGCAAAAUUUAAUGUGCAAUUAGAUAAAACUGUUACAAAAUAUAGACAGAGGCACGAGAGCAAUCCUUCAAAUAAGGAUGUACCGUUUAAAUGGCCCAAAUACACACUUGUAAAAGUUGUUUUGGCUACCUUACUAUAUGAAUUUACAAAAUCUGCUGUUUUGGGAUCCAUAGCAAUGAUAUUUAUGUCGUUAAUGCCAUUGCUAACGAAGCAGCUUAUACGAUUUGUUGAGAGCUAUUCAAAUCCAGACCUGAAUGAAAGCAUAGGUGUUGGAAUAGGAUACGCAAUUGGAUGCAGUUUUGCUACUUUAGUAACUGGAUUUUUAUUUAAUCAUUUCACUCACGUUGGUCUAACUUUGGGUAUAAAAGUAAAAUCAAUUUUGACUGCUGCAGUUUUAGCAAAAUCGUUCAAACUUCUGCCAGCAUCUAGAAGAAAACAUACACUGGGUAAAAUUACAUCCUUGAUGGGUACAGAUCUUUCCAGAGUAGAGUUGGGCUGCUUCUUUCUGCCUCUUUUGAUGAUUUUACCAAUCUCAUUAGCUAUUGCAAUAGCCAUUUUGGCGAUCAAUAUAGGUGUUUCUACCUUGGUUGGGUUAGCCGUCUUUGGAGGCUUUCUCGUGGCAAUCGGUUUUGGUACAUCUAAAAUGUUUAGCUAUAGAACCAAAAUUACCAAAUUGACUGAUACAAGGGUGGAUAUUGUCAAGGAAGUAAUACAUAAUUUGAAAAUGAUCAAGUUUUACUCAUGGGAGUUGCCAUAUUUGUCAAAAGUUAUUAACGCCAGAAGUGCUGAGAUUGAAGCAAUUUUAAAAAUCCAAGCUGUUAGAAAUAUCAUUAAUAGCUUUGCCCUUAGUUUGACAGGGAUUACUGCGAUGGUUUCAUUUUUAGUGAUGUAUGCAAUUAACGGAACCACAAAGGGCCCUGCAGAAAUAUUCUCAUCUGUUUCAACCUUCGAAGUCUUGUCUGUUUUAUCAUUUUUAUUACCAAUGUGUCUAUCUAGUGCAGUAGACUUAAUGAAUGCAUUUAAGAGAAUUGAAAGAUACCUCUCUAGUGAAGAGAUUUCAAUAAGUGAGAAUUAUAAGACUAUCAGAGAUCCUCACUCAAUGACUGCCAUUGGAAUUGAAAACGGUGAAUUUUCUUGGGAUUUAUCAGUAAUUCCUGAUGAUGAGGAUGAAAUUAAAGAAAAGAAGAAGGAAGCAGAAAAGAAAGAAAAAGAAUUGAAGAAACAAGAAGUGAAGGACAAGAAAAUUGAUAUCACUGCAGCUUCUGUUGAUAAAGAGAUUGUUCCGUUGCAACUGGAAAAAACUAGCUUUGACGAUGACUCCCAUAAGAAGUUCCUCGGCUUGAAGAAUAUCAAUCUCUCAAUUAGAAAAGGCGAAUUUGUAGUGAUUACAGGAGUUAUCGGUUCUGGAAAGUCUUCUUUACUCCAUGCGAUGGCAGGCGGAAUGAGACUUGACUCUGGUGAAGUGACAGUUGAUGGGUCUCACUUAAUGUGCGGAGAACCUUGGGUGCAAAAUGCCACAAUCAGAGAAAACAUUCUAUUCGGCUCCAUAUAUGAUGAAACGUUGUAUAGGCAAGUAAUCUAUGCUUGUUCUUUGCAACAAGAUCUAGAUUCAUUUGAUGCUGGUGAUUUCACUGAAGUUGGUGAAAGAGGUAUAACACUCUCAGGUGGUCAGAAAGCAAGAAUUAACUUAGCAAGAGCAGUAUACGCAAAUCCUGAUGUUUUACUAUUGGAUGACGUUUUGAGCGCAGUUGAUGCAAGAGUUGGCAAACAUAUUAUGAAUGAAUGUAUCAUGGGUCAAUUAAGGAACAAGACGAGACUAUUAGCAACGCAUCAGCUUUCCUUUGUUGAAUUUGCUGAUAAAAUUAUCUUUUUAAACGGUGAUGGCUCAAUUGAUGUUGGAACGCUUGAAGUUUUAAAACUGAACAAUGCUGCAUUUGCUAAGCUAUUAAGCUUCAGCGGAUCAAGUUCAAUGCCUACGAAUACCGAGGAAGAAGUUGAGGAACCGGAAAUUGAAAAAGUUAUAGCAUCAACAAAUCCAAAUGAUAUCUUGGGACAAGAUAAAUUAAGCUUAAAUGUUACUUCUGCCUCAAAUCAAAGCAGUACAGAUGAUGAUGAUGAUGAAAUUGAGCCCAAGGCAUUACCAAUUGAUUUGAGGAAUGGGAAGCUUCAUAAAGAAGAGGAAAAGGCUGUUAACAAAAUUAAAUUUACAGUUUAUAUUGAGUACGUUAGAGCUGGAGUUGGAAAGUUGGGAGUUGGUGGAUUCUUCUUACUUUUUGUCCUUUCAGCAGCACUUGCAACAUUCUCGAGUUUGUUCACAAAUACUUUCUUAUCUUUUUGGAUCUCCAAUAAAUUUCCAGGUAAGUCGGAUGGGUUUUACAUGGGGAUUUAUGCUAUGUUGACGUUCACUACAGCCAUUUUCCUUUAUUUGGAAUUUUUUAUUCUUGCAACUGUUAUCACAACAUCUUCGAAGAAUCUCAAUCUUGUAGCAAUGAAGAAAUUACUUCAUGCUCCCAUGUCUUUCAUUGAUACAACACCUAGUGGUAGAAUGAUUAAUAGAUUUACUAAGGAUACUGAUGCGUUGGAUAAUGAAAUCACUGAAAGUUUAAGAUUUUUACUCUAUGGAAUUGCCAAUUUGAUUGGUAUAUUUAUUUUAUGUUGCAUAUACUUACCUUGGAUCUUGAUUGCAAUGCCAUUUUUCGUUAUUACUUUCAUUUGCAUAGCCAAUUAUUUUCAAGCUACCACAAGGGAAAUAAAAAGAAUUGAAGCUGUGCAAAGGUCAUUUAUUCACAAUAAUUAUUCUGAAGUUUUAAAUGGUAUGAGUACGAUUAAAUCCUACUCUGCGGUUAAUAGAUUCAUCAAUUUGAAUAACAAACACAUUAAUACGACAAAUGAGGCGUCGUAUUUGGUAGCUUCGAACCAGAGAUGGUUAGCCAUAAUGCUAGAGCUCUUGGUGUUCGCUUUCACUUUAAUGAUAACUUUGAUGUGUGUUAAUAGAGUUUUCAAGAUUAACGCUGCAUCGAGUGGUUUGAUCAUCGGUUAUACUUUUUCACUUGGUAAUGAGCUUUCUCAAGCCAUUAGAUUGUAUACACAAGUUGAGAACGAUAUGAACUCUGCUGAAAGAAUACAGCAAUAUGCAUUCCACAUGGAUCAAGAAGCACCUUUUGAAAUUGCAAGUACGAAACCUGAUUUGCUGUGGCCACAAAAUGGUCAAAUUGAAUUUAAGAACGUUUCGUUAAGUUAUAGAAAAGGGUUACCAAACGUGUUGAAAGGUUUGAACUUCAAUGUUAAGGCUGGAGAGAAAAUCGGAAUUUGUGGUAGAACCGGGGCCGGUAAGUCGUCAAUAAUGACAGCGUUGUUUCGUAUAGUUGAAUUAUCUGAGGGCCAGGUAUUAGUGGAUGGAAUAGAUGUGUCAAAAAUAGGGUUGCAUGAUUUGAGAUCAAAUUUAUCGAUUAUACCACAGGACCCAGUAUUAUUCACUGGUACAAUCAGGAGAAAUUUGGAUCCAUUUGGUGAAAAAAGUGACGAAGAUCUUUGGGAUGCUUUAAGAAGAGCAGGUGUUAUCGAAGAAAGCAAAAUUGAAUAUGUUAAGCAACAGACAAUUAACGAUACUAAGGAAAUGCAUAAAUUUCACUUGGAUCAAGAGGUUGAGGAGCAAGGUGCUAACUUCUCUCUUGGUGAAAGACAAUUCAUUUCCUUCGCUAGAGCAUUAUUAAGGAAUACAAAAAUAUUAAUUCUUGAUGAAGCUACAUCAUCCGUUGAUUAUGAAACAGAUAGUAAGAUCCAACAAACUAUUAUUAGAGAAUUUGGUGACUGUACUAUUUUGUGUAUUGCUCACAGAAUCAAGACCAUUUUGAAUUAUGACAAGAUCGUUAUACUUGAAGAUGGUCAAUUGGCAGAUUAUGACACACCAUGGAAUUUAUUCAAUCGUGAAGGGAUAUUCAAUCAAAUAUGUGAAAAAUCCUCAAUAGUUGCCUCAGAUUUCCACAGAAGAUAA